UCUAAACUGGAGGCUUUCCCGAUUGUUUUCCCGCCCCCCUUAAAACAAAAUUUGAGGAAGUCAUUUGUAAUGCCGCCGCCCCGGGUCCGCUCACUGCUGUAACACCGGUGAUCUUGCAUGCCUGCCGGGGACAGCGGAGCUACCGAGAGACCCGCAGCAGCUUGUCUAUUGCCCAUAAAAAUCAGUGGAUGUGUGGCUGAAUGACAUGAGGGGGAAAUGGGGCGUAAAAUUAAAGAAUCUUGCAGAAAGCGAGAACUGGAGAAGCAAAGCAACCCCCUCCCUCCAACACACACACACACACACACACACACACACACACACACACACACACACACACACACACACACACACACACACACACACACACACACAGCUGAAAGUAUAGAAUAGAAAGAGAAUAGAGCAUUUUUAGUCCCAAAUCAGAGAUGGGCUGCAGUAGCCUCACAGCUUCAUGCUUUCUGCCGUUCUGUUGCCUUUUGUCCUGCUGAUCUGUUCCUCCCAUGUUCCAGGAUUUCUCUGACCAGAGAGAAAUGGCCAAACAGCCGACCAGCGCUCCCAGCAGCUACAUCCCGGCGCAGCAGCCCGACGGAGCUGCGGUACUUACAACAAACAAACCGGACAACACGGCUGCGUGUCCGUCGCCCGCCCCUCACCCUCACCCAGCGCCUCAGCCGCCGCUUCCGUUCAACGAGGGCAAAACUUUUUGUCCCACGGAAAAUAAACCGGGAGAAUUGGACAGCAAUAAAGCGUAUGGGACGUUUAAAAGCACCGCGCCCGCGGCCCCUGGAUCCGCGGUGGUCAACUCGGCCUUCAGAAAGGAUUCCGCUGGUUCGGCCCGCGGGGGGCCCGCCCAGUACGGCGACCCGCUCCGGGCCACCGCAGAGCAGAACAACACCGCGGGCAACUGGACGGCUAUGAGCCAGACCACCAUCAUACUGGGAACAGAUGGGAACACGUCUGUUCAGCCCGGCACCGUGGCGGUGGGUGACGAUGAUGACGACGGGGGAGACGAGAAUAAGGCCAGAGGAAACUGGACUAAUAAAAUGGACUUUAUUCUGUCCAUGGUUGGCUAUGCGGUGGGACUGGGGAACGUGUGGAGGUUCCCUUAUCUUGCCUUCCAAAAUGGUGGAGGAGCUUUUUUGAUCCCCUACCUGACAAUGUUGUGCAUUGCCGGCAUCCCAAUCUUUUUGCUGGAGGUGUCCCUGGGCCAGUUCGCCAGCCAGGGGCCUGUGUCAGUGUGGAAAUGCAUCCCAGCUCUGCAAGGUUGCGGGAUUGCCAUGUUGAUAAUAUCUGUCUUGAUAGCCAUAUACUAUAAUAUUAUUAUGUGCUGGACACUGUACUACCUGUUCGCUUCGUUGAAGGGCUCACUGCCAUGGGCUAACUGUAGGAAUGAGUGGAACACGGUGGAAUGUAAGGACAAAGACAUGCUGCUCUUAGACACGUGCAUCCUGCGGGACAGAAACAUCACCUCCAUCAAGAACUCCACGUUCUGUCUGUCCGCAAACACUGUUGGAAACCUGACCAAACUGUUAAACAUGACUGUGGACAGCAACAAGACCUACGUCAGCCCCAGUGAGGAGUACUUCAAGUACAAUGUGUUGCACAUCUCUAAAGGAAUCGAAUAUCCAGGAGACAUCCGCUGGCCUCUGGCAGGCUGUCUGCUCCUGGCCUGGCUCAUCGUCUAUGCCUCUUUAGCCAAAGGAAUCAAGUCAUCAGGAAAGGUUGUGUAUUUCACAGCCACGUUUCCCUACGUGGUGCUGGUCAUCCUGCUGAUCAGAGGAGUGACCCUACCCGGUGCCUUCAACGGUAUCCUCUACUUUAUCACACCAAAGUGGGAGAAACUGAGUGAUGCAAAGGUGUGGAAAGACGCAGCCACUCAGAUCUUCUUCUCUCUGUCGGCUGCUUGGGGGGGCCUCAUCACACUCUCUUCCUACAAUAAGUUCCACAAUAACUGCUACAGGGAUACUAUUAUUGUGACAUGUACAAACAGUGCCACCAGUAUAUUUGCUGGGUUUGUCAUCUUCUCGGUCAUUGGUUUCAUGGCACAUGAGUUGAAAGUGCCGAUAGAGAAGGUGGCAGAUGAAGGUCCUGGCAUAGCGUUCGUGGUGUAUCCAGAGGCUCUGACCAGACUUCCCCUGUCUCCUUUUUGGGCGAUCAUCUUCUUCCUCAUGCUCCUGACUCUUGGCCUGGAUACCAUGUUUGCCACCAUUGAGACCAUCGUAACCUCCGUGUCCGACGAGUUCCCCAAAUACUUGAGGAAACACAAACCUCUCUUCACCCUGGUCUGCUGCGCCAGCUUCUUCAUCCUGGGCUUUCCCAUGAUCACAGAGAGUGGGAUGUUCAUGCUGCAGUUGGUGGACACAUUCGCAGCCUCCUACUCUUUGGUCAUCAUUGCGAUCUGCGAGCUGGUGGGGAUUUCCUACCUCUAUGGUCUGCAGAGGUUUUGCGAGGACAUUGAAAUGAUGGUUGGUUUCCAGCCAAACCGAUUCUGGAGAAUCUGCUGGGCCUUUGUGACUCCAACCAUUCUGACGGGCAUCCUGGGACUCAGUCUGUACCAGUGGAAGGGGAUGACGUACGAGGACUACACCUACCCCACCUGGUCCAUGGUUAUGGGCUGGCUCAUGGUCAUCUGCUCCGUCAUCUGGAUCCCCAUCAUGUUCGGCAUUAAGAUGUACAUCGCCCCCGGAACCUUUAUGGAGCGUCUGAAGCUGGUCUGCUCCCCUCAGCCUGACUGGGGUCCUUUCCUGAUGAAACACCGUGGAGAACGCUACAAGAACAUGAUGGACCCUCUGGGAACCAACUCUCUGGGCCUCAAGCUGCCCCCAAAGGACUUCCAGCUCGGCUCCUACCAGUAGCAGCUGCCCAGGCAGCACCGCACCCACCACCUCCAACCCCUGCAGGGGGCAACGGGAGGGGGGCAACCUCCACCUCUUCUUCUCCCUCCUCCUCUCUCUCUUUCUCCCAUCCCUUCCUCACCCUCUUUGCUUCCUGUCUUCCUCCCUGUAUCAUGGAUGUGGAAAAAGCCUAACUUUUCCCUCUUCCUUCUCUUCUUCUUCACCACUUCCUCUCUUCUCUCAUGGAGGAGUGGCUGCCCAGGUGGAGUCUACUCCUCCGCUGCUGCUUCGUACUCGGUUAACGGGCUAUCAUUGCCCCCCACACAUGGCCACUGAUUACUUCAGAACCCUUCCCAGGGAUCUUUAUUCCAAGAGAAAAUUGUGUCAUAAAAUGACACAGCUCAGACUGCACUUGCAAUAUUAGACUCACCAUAGCUGCUCCCUAUGGAGUCGUGUGUGUAUGUGUGAGAGUUUGUGUGUGUGUGUGUGUGUGUGUGUGUGUGUGUGUGUGUGUGUGUGUGUGUGUGUGUGUGUGUGUGUGUGUGUGUGCGUGCCAUCAUAUUUGUGUGCAGAGAUAAUGAAUCAUCUUGGUGCAAGCAGACACGCAGGCAAACAAAAAGAAAAUUGAACGACAGAGAAGCAUUGGUUCAACAAGCUCAGCGGGGAUGUGUUUUGUUCCAUCCGUGUACAAAUUUCCAACGGCAAUACAAAUAAUAUCAAAAAAAUGUAUACAAAAAUUCACUGGUAUCACAUUUUGUUGCUAUCCAGCAGUAUAUAUGUAUAUUCACAAUAGCUACAGCUCAGUCGCUCUUGCUUUGUCAAAAAUAGAUUACAAGAUCUGCAAUGUGCCUCCUAUGUCCCAGUAGAGUAGCAAAUGCAUCCUGAUUGCCACUUUCAGUAGAUACACUAUGGCCUGGAUGACUCUGCAGUACGAUAGAAGCUUGGGUCUAUUUUUCUCUCUGAACCCGAGGGAUCAUUUAUGAAACCCUCUCUCUUUAUCUAUUUAUUAAGCCGUAUUCCUGUUCUCCUUUUAUUCUAUUAUCCUAGAAUGUAAAGAACACAUUCCUAACAUAGGAAACCACUAGAGUAGUCCAUCCUUCCUUUAGUGACGUGGCCAUUUAACGAUUUUGGUCUUGAAAACCUGACCUGAUAGUCACUCUGUGCAUAUAUAUUUUAGACAGUGUAUUUAUCUCUGUAUGUGUUGUGAACUUGUCAAACCAUCUGUGAAAACCAUAUUUACAAUGUGCAUCACAUCAGUAGAGUAACAGUAUAAAAUAUAUAAAUAUAUAUAUACAUAUACAUACAUAUACUAUAUGUAUAGCCUUUCAGCAGAGGAGAGAGCUAGCGAGACAGAUUGAGAGUGAGUGUGUAUAUGUGUUCAUGUCUCCAUGAACCCCAUGUUUCUCUUGCUAGCUGUGUAAUAUUUUGUACAAAGUGUACACUUCUGAAAAAAAACACUUUAAGUAGUAAGUGUGUGUGUGUGUGUGUGUGUGUGUGUGUGUGUGUGUGUGUGUGUGUGUGUGUGUGUGUGUGUGUGUGUGUUGUCUUGUCCUCACAAUGUUAGGAGCAGCUGCUAUGUGUGAGUAGAUGAAGAUUAGACAAGAAAAUGGCCUCCUUCUUCCCUGGAAGUGUACUUUGUCUCUUGUUGUUUGUGGUAGACCUCCGGAGACCUCUUUGCCAUUUCAGACUUAUGCCUCUUGCUUCUCUGUGUGUCCUCGUGAAAAACAGGGUCUCAGGUAUACUCGAUUCUAUCCGACUACUCCGGUAGUUGUAGGAAUAAUAGCAUUCAGUGCAUAGGAAACAGAGAGUUGAGCCAUCCUAAUGCUAAAUUAUAUUGAAAGCAGUGUGGAAGUGUGUUGCAAAGGAUCAGAAUCAAAAUACUACUUCCUGACGACCUCAAUGCAGCAUCACUUCGCUUUUUGCUUGCUAUUGCUUUAAAGCGCCUCGCAAUGAUUGUACGAGUAACUUAACUUAUUUUGACCAACUUUGUGCAAUGCUAAAUUAAGUAUCUUGCUUUUUUUAUAUAAAAUAGUUAAAUGGAAAAAACAGUAAUUAGCCGAGAUUAAGUAAGAAAAUCUAAUUUUGAAUGCCUUGAAAUCAACUUGGAAUUGAAUUGGCACUUUGUUGACUGUCGAUACACUGCAGUUUUAUUUACAUAUGCAGAAAAUUAAAGGCUUUCAGGGACUUUAUGGUCAUCUUGCUGACAUUGUGGUCCAUCAGAGUCAGUCAAAUUACUGUAAUUUAGAACAUACUGUGUUAGGUUGUGCUGUCAAGACAUCAUCCGUGAAAAUGAGAUCAUUUCUGUGGGCGUAAAAAAGUAAUCGCCAGAUGUAACACCACUCCAAUGCCCGGUGCAGCUCAGCAGGCGUCCGACUGGCUUUGCAGCCUCUUUAAAUGUGACAUGACAGGCAGCCAACUUUUACUUUGUGGGCUGCAAACCAAUUACCUUUACAGUAACAGCAUGUAUCCACUAAGAAGCAAUUAGUCCUUUCCACACUUUGAGCACUUGGUUAUGCAUUUUCAUGUUGACACAAAGUCCUGAUUGGCUUUAUUAUGCUUUUAAAACUGCAGGCAUUUACUUGUUGAGUGGUUUAAACAGACAGGUAUGGAUGCAAUUACAGUUGCUCAGAGAUUUAAGGGUCUCUAAACAUUUCUCUAAGCCAUGUCUAUUCAUAAUCUUGACAUGGAAAUAGCACAGAUAUGAUUUAAGAGGUUGUAAACAAAUCAAUUAUUGAGCACAAAUGCCCUGUUGUUAAAUAGCUUGCUUGCUCCACAGUGUUGCUUUUUUAAGACUUAGUGCAUUUAGCUCUAUUUGUUCAAAUGUGAUAAUAAUGUAUGUCUGUGUGUGUGUGUGUGUGCGUGUGUGUGUGUGUGUUUGUCUCUGUAUUAGUUUACUGAACUCCACUUAACUGUCAAUCAGAUGUUUGCAUGGCCAGUAGUUCGCUGAAAAAACCAGAGGAGAUUUACAGGAUUUCUUUUGCUAGGAAGCCUCGGCAUGAUGCUCCUCUUUCUCUUUUCUGACGGACAUCAGGAUCUUAGACCAACAUUUGUGAACUUGAGCUGGGUAAAACUUUUAACACUAAUAUGCCUAAAAAAGAAUACAAAAAAAUCAAUCCUAUGGCAACCACUCACUUGAGAGCAGGGUGGGGGGGGGGGCUAAGUAGCAGGCUGGCAUUUUUAAAUCAUGUGUUGGAUGUAGUGGACAGUGUGCUCUUUGUAGUAAGACUUGAAUGAUAAAAAGCCUUUUAUGACCUGAGAUAGAUUUAAAUGAUCUCCUUUAGGGCCACAGCUAAAUAGCUAUAGGUUGUGUGUUUUGUGUCCCUGUGUUUCCAUUUCUACUGGUCUUCUCUGCUUUUGGUUUGGAAAAAAAAACCGGCUUAGGGUUCAGUUAAAACCACAUUGCUUCAUAAAAUAUAACACUAAAGAGCUUGCAUGUGCAGUUUGUGUUGCUGUAACUCAAUGUCCAUGUAUAGUCAUCUUUCUCCUUUCUCUCUCAAUAGUAUAAGUCUGUGCAUGUUUACGUUAGGGAGCUUUUCGUUCUACAUAAUGUGAAACAGAGGGUUGUCCUUCUUACACAGGAGGAAGAAGAAAAACCAACAGAAAAAGUAACCGUCAAUUCGCUUUGCCUGCAAGUCAACUUUGGGCAGUAUAGGUAACCAAAGAAAGAAGUACUUUAAUUAGGGUUGUCGUGAAAACAGAAAACAAACUUUAGAAGAAAAAAGAAAUGUGUCAUCUGCGUAUAGGAGGUUGAGAUACUGCCAUCCAUAUCCCGUGUAGUGUUCCUCGAUGUUUGCCAAUACGUUACAAAACAUCUUCAGGUAACCAUUGGCCUUAUAGAUGUCCUCUUAUGGUAGAAUAUUGUGUGUAUUUCAAAAAUAACACCACAGAAUAGCUUAUUGUCUGUCUCAUACAGUACCUAUAUAGUGUUCCUAUUGUUAUGUAUGUUGUGUCUUUUUGGCACUUUAUUGUCUGACCUAUGAAUGCAUAGGUUAAAUUUCUAAUUACUUGAGUAAUGUCAUAUAUUUCUGUGUGUUCUAUGUGAGGUACUGCUGCCUAUGGAUAUAGAUAUGUGCCUCCAACAGCCCAUGACAUCCUUUUGAUUUAAAAAAUAGAGAGUAGAUAUAUAACAAAUAUGUUUUAAAAUCGGUGUGAGAUGUAAAAAAAAAAGAAGAAAUAUAAAUCAUAUAUGUGAAAUGCAUUUAUUUAUUUUCAAUGUCAUCAAUCUUUGAGGCCCUACCUCAGAUUUUGUAUUUAUGUAUAGAAAUGCAAUUGGAUUAUAGUAUCUUUGCCAAUAAUAAUAUAUCGCUAUUAUAUCAUGAAA